ACUGGUCGGUUUUCACUUUGCGCGUAGAACGCCUGGGUAUGUAUCUUCCUGUUGCCAAAGCAAUGAAGGUCAAAAAAGGUAGUCGAUACAGAGUUUCCGUACAGUCUUCUGUGCAAUUCAGAUCCUUUGCAGAUGACGUAAAAGCCUAUUUUAGUAAUCCGUCAAAGCUUCUUCUUCUGAUUUACUUCAUCAGAGAUUUCGACUAACUGGGAAACGCUAACGAUUCGUCGAUGGGUGAAGAAGAACUUAAUCUCCCUCCUUCUCCUCGUCGUCCUUCGCCGUCGUCUCGUCCAACCACAGAUGGAGAGGAUGCUCCUCCUCCGCCACCACAGCCAUCUGUUCGAUUCGAUCCCAGUCGAAUGAUUGGUAUUAUCAAAAGGAAGGCCCUGAUAAAAGAUUUAGCAGCUGUAUACCAUGCGGAGUGUCUUUCCUACUGUCAACAACUUUUGGAGCUCCAAAAGAAACGUGAAGAGCCAUUGGUGGAAAAGAAAGCUUUUGAGGAGGUGAGAAAGGAGACAUUAAGGCCACCUAAACGUUUAAAGAAGAACCGCGAGGGAAGAAGAUAAGACCACCCUGGAGGAAGGAAAUAUUAUAUUUUACCUUUUUGGUAUGUGGGUAGGAGUAUAAAUAUGGUGUGUUGCAUCUGUAUUUUGUUGAUUAUUUUGUAUUUGCAAGGAUAAUGCUAUGGGCUUAGGUCCCUACCUUGCGAUUUUGUGGUUGCAAGUGUAAUUUUGAGAUUUACUAAAUUAGGUGUGAUGUUCCCUGUCA